GGUGAUUAUCUAUCGACGCUAAUAAGAAUGCGAGAUUGCGUCCGUGCAGCUCUACUAAUUAGUUUACUAAGCCUCAGUGUGACAUCUCGAUCGGUACAGUAAGUUGUUCAGAAGCGAUUGCUUAGACGAGAACUGUUAAUCCUUUACCUCUGUGAUACCUGUGAUUAAUUGGACGAACAUUUUUCUUAAUAUAUCGAUUCGCCGACAUAAUGGAUGAUAUUCAACUCAGCAAGGACCAAAUUGCACAACUCAAAAUGGGAUUCGACGCGUUCGAUCCCGACAAGAAGGGGACCAUCUCCAGUGACACGGUCGGUACUAUUUUGGGCAUGAUGGGCAUGAAAAUUCCAUCUGACCAGUUACUAUUGGUCAUAUCAGAGUUCGACCCUUUCGGAUCCGGAGAAUUUAGUUUCCAAGAGUUCUGCGGCCUGGCGUCCCGAUUCAUGGAGGAGGACACCGACACAGAGGCGAUGCAGCAGGAACUACGAGAAGCUUUCCGACUGUAUGACAAGGAAGGAAACGGUUACAUCACCACCGACGUGUUCAGAGACAUUCUUCACGAAUUAGACGAUGCAUUGUCUCCGGAAGAGUUAGACAUGAUCAUCGAUGAAGUGGACGCUGAUGGCUCGGGAACGGUGGACUUCGAGGAAUUCAUGGAGGUCAUGACAGGCUAAAUUAUCACCUUGGCACGAGGCGGUCGCCACGAGAACGCAUACAAACGACGAUACCGCCUGUCCUAUACACGUGGAAGCUACGAUUUAUCGAGACACUGUUGGCAAAGUAUGAAGUUAAAGGUUCGUAGGUGAUGUCUGUUAGGGAGGCGAACCAGACGUGGAUAUAGCUGAGAAAGUAUUUCUGCCCUGUCCGUCGCCUUUGGACUCACAAUCGGCUAAAAUGUAUUUCUAUCUAUGCCGGAAUUAAACGGCAGCCACGCGGGCCCCUAGCGAGGCAUGGCUUCUAGAAACGGGUUUGUAUUGACGGAUAUAAGUUCACGUUUCCGCGAGUUUAUUGCACGGAAAAUAAACCGUGAAGUGGCUUUAACGAGCCGUCGAUUGAAAGGAGAUCGGCUAACAUUGGGUUAUAUUUUACGCGCGAUUCGAGAUUGCGAGGGAUUUACGAACUUCGUGCUUUGCUACGAUCCACUUUAACCAUCGUCAUACACAACACGACAAACCAAUGUAAUCAUACGAAUGUAAAUUUAAGUCUAAGCUAACUUGCGUAAGAUUGCGUGUAUAAUAAAGGAACAAGAAAAAAUA